AUGUCUUCAAGCAAGCAGCCCUACACUGACCUUUUCAAACCAGGAACCUCUAUAUCAUCAGCUCUCGCACACAAGAUAGCCAGCACAAGCCAUUGGGGAUCACACACACUGUUCAUUUCCUUCAUGGCAGACAAACCCAUCGAAGUGAUCCGCGAGGUUCGUGACAGACAGCGUGCCAUCACCUGGGACCUUCGAUCCAUCCAACACCUCCGUACUUGUCUCAGAACCUGGACCGCCGAUGAGAUUCCCAGCGAGGCAAUCGGUGCAUUCCUUGUCAACCUCCUUUAUGAAAGGGACUAUCAUCUAGGCUAUGAGCUAACCGCCCUAGUACGAGCGGACAAGACCGCCGCUCAAGUUGGCCGUCGAGCGAUGUACUUGUAUCAGAUCCACGACAAAACAGGCAAGCCACUUUGGGACCAGAAGGCUGUUCCCAAGCCAGGGUCUGGAACCAAGUCCCUGCUCCCUGUCUCAGAGCGCGCGGAUCCUCGCUGGCACACGUUCCUAGAUCAACUCAGCGAGGAUAAGUUGGAAGAGCUCAUGGACACGCUGGGUGAUAACCCCGAAGAUGAGAGUUCUAUCCCCACUGUAUUCAGCGGAAUUGGCAUGACGAACAUGCCCAUCAUCCACACAUUCCAUCGCUUUGCCAUUCACGCCGACGAUCAUGCGGAUGUGUACACCCAGCUUCGAGAGAAUGCAAAGGGACUAGAAGGCACAGUUUCUGAGCCAGAUCCCUUCGCAACCGAGUCUCUGGGCGAUGCUCUUCCGUCUCUCUCGGAACUCAUUUGCCCUUCUCCGGUUCCAGAGGUAAAUGUGCGGACUUUCAAGGUCGAGGGAGAGAAGAAGAUUCGCUUCGCCCCAGAUACGAAGCCAGGUAUGGUUAAUCCUGCUAACAGUGUACAGGACAGGAAUCGGGCAUCCUCGUCAGACCCAAAGCCUGCUGUAGAUGUCAUCAGUUCUCUCCCUCGGUUUGUUUCGGAUGGCGGUGCUUCGAAGUAUUUUACUGAGAGCGGUGCACGCCGUCCUGGCCUGAGGAGAAUGAAGAAGUCGAGAAACUUCCGUCUGGAUCGAGAACGCGAUGCUCAGAAGUGA